AAUCAGAGAUUCCUUGGAGUUAGCAAACAUCUUCCUUUUAAAAUGCCUCAGUGUGAUUGAGGGAGUUGGUGAACUUCAGGGAACUGGCAACCACUUGUGUAUUUGUGUGAAUGAAUUCAGUCAGGCUGUUUUGGUGUCAGCCAACCCCCAAAGGAACUGCAGUGAAGAUACAGUUGUUUCAUGGAAGUGACAAGGGGUUUGGCAAAUGGAGGGAAGAAGAGGCUUGGAAUGUGUGAUUCACUGGGUGCUUGGCAAUACAGUAUAAGGGCAAAGCCAGGGCGGGGUGGUCUGCUAAUAGGGCACUGAUGACUAGGAGGACUAUGGAAAAGAGGGAGCACCAGGCUUGGCCUUUGUAUGUUGGCUUGGCUGGCUUUAAGCCCAGACAACAGGGGCAGGGGACAACUCUUCCUCUCACUCCUCAGCUUUAGGGGAGCUUUAGAUCCCCUGAGUUAUGAGUUUAAUGGCUGUGGAGGUCUUACCUGGAGGUCAGCCCCUUUGCUGUGGACUAAAUGCCCUUUGUGAUCAAAUGACCAUCCUCAAGCGAAUUUUCAGUGCCCAACUCAAGUAGCUGUACUAGAUUGGUGUUUCUCAGACUGUUCCCUGAAGUCCUAAGAUGGGGACUUUCUAUCUCUACGUCUCUCUCCACCAAACUGAAUGUACCUGUUUUGUGGGGCUUAUGAUCAUUUUGUUUUUCCUCCCUGAAAAUAAAGCAGUAGCCUCCUGGCCUGAAGACCAUGAAUAUUCCCAAGUUUCGGCUUAUUAGCCCUCAGAGAACUCUUAGAGGUAUUUAUACUUACCUUUUCAUCCCCCCUAAAGAGCUGGUAUAAGUAAAUCUCUGAUACUUGAGCAUGUUGCUGUUUUGCCACCACAGGCACAAAUGGAAUGAUCAUGCAGGCCUAAUGUGGCUGUUUCCACCUGUUGAAUAUGUGGUUAGUACUUGCAGAGAGUGUUAAGUCACUCAGUCGUGUCUGACUCUGUGACCCCAUGGACUGUAGCCCGCCAAACUCCUCUGUUCAUGGAAUUCUCUAGGCAAGAAUAUUGGAGUGGGUAGCCAAUUCCUUCUACAGGGGAUCUUCCCGACCAGGGAUUGAACCCAGGUCUCCUGCAUUGCAGGCAGAUUCUUUACUGUCUGAGCCACCAGAUGUUGGUCACAUUUUGCUUCCACCCUUAUGAAUAGAAUCACUGCAUGAUUUGCUUUGGGAUGAAACUUCUGCCCAGUUCUUCCUUGGAGGUUAUUUGGAAGGUGGGCACCUUGAAAAGGAAAAACCUCCUCUUGGUAUGGGGUUGGCCAAUGACAUUUGAGGGCUUCCCUGAUGGUAAAGAAUCUGCCUGCAAUGCAGGAGACUCGCGUUCGAUCCCUGGGUUGGGAAGGUCCCAUGGAGAAGGAAAUGGCAACCUACUCCAGUCUUCUUGCCUGGAGAAUCCCAUGUAUAGUCCAUGGGGUUCCAAAGAGUUGGACAGGACUGAGCAACUUUUACUUUCACUGACAUUUGAUUUCAUUCACCUUUGCAGUUCCCCUGCUUGUGUGUGUGUGUGGUUUUUUUUCCCCACUUAAAAGGCAGGUAGGCCAUUUACUAGCAUUGGGAGAGCAUUCCUUUAAACAAAAGAAAAAACUCUGAAUACUAGAAUCUCACCCAGUCUAUGAAAACUUGAGACCAAACUCUCCAGCGUCCGUACACAGCUUAAUCAUGAACAAGAGCAAGAAGUUGAGUUAAAUAAAUUAAACCAAACUGUCCUGCUACAAGGAAAUGAAAACUGGGGGACCGCUUAUGCCCUCCCUUCCCCCGCCUCCACCUCUGAAGUCCUCGCUUUCACAUUUCAGUGUUUCUGCUCUACGAAUGUGAAAAUUCCCCAGUGCAGUACAAAACCGCUUCCCAUUGUCUCUUAAGGCAGUCAUUUAAUUACCAAUCGCCAAAGGCUAAGAAAUUUCGUGGGAAAGGGGCGUACCCUUUGGCUCUGUGUGUGAUCUGUAGCUGAGGAGCCAAGUUCUUCAGACCCCACCACUGGCGGACACCUUUUUCGAGGAGAGCGCCCUCACAAAACCUCAGGCUUCGGGGCUCAGCGUCUCCAUCUGUAACAUGUAGGCCUGGAGAGGGAAGACCCGCUAAGCUUGCGGAUCGAGGUCGUCAUUAUACUCCAGCACGUGUCCCACGAGUCAGCCCAGGGGACGCGAAGGCCCCCAGCUGCGCGCGACGAGGGUCGGGGCCGCCGCGGGGGCCAGCGCACACGUGGCCCUGCUCCCGGAACGCCAUGGCGGCCUGGCGGUGCUUGUGCCACGCGCAGCUUGAGGAGCACGCUGGGCAGGGCAGAGGGUCGAGGCCGUGAGGACAUCGCAGGCUUCCAGCGACCCGCGCGGGCACGAAGCCGGAAGCGGGGCAGGCGCCCGAGGGUUGCGCAGGCGCCGUGCACACCUCGCGCCCCGCCCUGCCCCGCGGCUUGGAAGCCUGUUGUCCUCUGGCCGCUGCAGUGACGUCGUUGUCGCGACACAGGCAGCAGCUCGUGGAGGUUGUGAUCCCUGACCUCCCAGUUCAGGCAAGUCCACCUCCGUCAGCAGCUUCUGCUUUGCGGCACUUAAGUUUCUGCACCGUGAUGCUGCUGGGAUCCUGCAGGACCCAAGGCCCUCCUGCUUGUGUUAUUUUUAAAAAAUAUGUUCAUGCUGAUCACCCGGAAGAUCUGAAGCAACAGAACUGGAACAAGGACCCUCAUAACUUUUUGCUUUUGUUUCUACCAAUCCGAUGUCAUACAUGGCUACUGAUGGCAAUGAGCUUCAGGUUCCCUUGCGUCAGAAGCAGAGAAAGAAAACUCAAGGUUUUUUUCAGCAUGAGUCGAAGGAGGAUAUCGUGUAAAGACCUGGGACAUGCUGACUGCCAAGGGUGGCUCUAUAAGAAAAAAGAGAAAGGAACUUUCCUAGGCAACAAAUGGAAAAAGUUCUGGGUGGUCCUGAAGGGGUCGUCGCUGUACUGGUACUGCAAUCAGCUGGCAGAAAAAGCCGACGGAUUUGUUAACCUGCCUGAUUUCACUGUAGAGAAAGCGUCUGAAUGCAAGAAAAAGCAUGCUUUUAAGAUCAGUCAUCCACAGAUCAAGACCUUUUAUUUUGCUGCUGAGAAUGUGCAGGAGAUGAACCUGUGGUUAAACAAAUUGGGAUUAGCUGAAAUCCACCCUGAAUCCACUUCAAAGGAUGAAGAAUGCUACAGUGAGAGUGAACAGGAAGAUCCUGAAAUAGCUGUCCAGACGCCACCCCUUCAUCACUCUGCGGAGAGUCUCUCUCCUUCGGCUGCACAGCAGGCAUCUUCAUCUUCACCCAAAUUGAGUGAAACAUCACGUUCCUUCUCUUCCAUGGAAAACAUAAAAAAGACUCCCAGCAGCCUGUCUUCCUCCGUAUCGAGAGAAAGACAGUCCUGGAUUGACGUGGUCCGCAGCUCGCCUGCCGCUGAGGAUACGGGACAGUCUGUGACGUGUGCCGUGCGGCUGCUCUCACCGGCCCCCUCGGAGGCGAACGGUCGUGGGGCCCUGGAAAACAACGCUGAUGCAUCAGAAAGUGGAUUUUUGAACUCUCUAUCGAGUGAUGACACUUCUUCCUUGAGUAGCAACGUCGACCAUCUUACCGUCCCAGACAAGCCUGCUGGAUCAAAGAUGACGGACAGAGAAGAGACAAAAGCACCUGAAGAUGACGAAAUGGAGAAGCUCUACAAAUCGUUAGAGCAAGCUAGUCUGUCUCCUCUUGGGGACCGACGACCUUCAACCAGAAAGGAGCUGAGAAAGUCCUUUGUCAAGCGGUGCAAGAAUCCAUCCAUAAAUGAGAAACUCCACAAAAUACGAACUUUGAAUAGCACGUUAAAGUGUAAAGAACACGACCUGGCCAUGAUUAACCAGCUGCUGGAUGAUCCGAAGCUGACAGCCAGAAAAUAUAGGGAGUGGAAAGUCAUGAACACCCUGCUGAUCCAGGACAUCUAUCAGCAACAUCAGCAGAGGCGAACCCCCACCUCUGCCUCUGAAGGCUCCCCCCAGAAACCACCUUCCUCUGCCCGCCUUGAAAAUUCUAUCUGAGAACAAGCCAGGAUGCUCUCCCCUCCUGUCUUACCCCUCAGGCAACUCUUCAAGACGUUGCGAUAGCUUCACAUUUUUCCUUGUAAAGGAAAACUGAAACCCAGUUCCUGGAAACACCAGCUCCUCCUAGAGGGAUGCGGUUGGGAUGAAAACAAACAAUGAUGCUGCCUCACCAAUUCCAGGGCUCCCAUUGGACUGGAGGGAUGGAGUUCAGCUGAGAAAUCUGUGUCUGUGUUCCUUUGGGGACCGCUGGUUACACUGGGUUCUAGGUGGGAUAUGAGAACCACAUCUUCUGUUUCUUGUUCUCAAGAGAAGGACAGCAUUUCGCGGACAAAAGAUCACUUUUGGCCAGGGAUACUUCUUCAUAGAAAUAUUCCGUUUUCCAAAAGGAGAAUGUACAUAUUCUAUCUGGUUGGGUAGCUGAGUUCCCCAAAUCACCUUUUGAGUGGAGGAAUGCUUUCUACAGAGCAUCCGGAGCAGGACAGGUGUGGUAUCGUGGAACCCAAGUUCCUUGCCUUUGGUCCAGAAUGGUGGUGCCUUUCCCACGUGUUGAGAAAUGCUUCAUAGCAAAUGGUGUAUGGGAAUGCUCAAGAAGGAGCCAUGUUCUGUAUUCCACUCAUUCAAAGGACAGCUUAAUAUUUUCACACUUUAUCCCGGUUGGGGUAGGGGACCAGAUUCAUGUGUCCUUUCCACACAACAGCUAAAGACAACUCUCUCAUCACACUUGGACACUUCUAUUCAGACCUAAGCUUUUCUGAACCAGGACAUAGUAAUAACAUCCAGCGAGGAGUGUUUCCUGCCAUUGCCCUUGGGUGUGGUAGCUAUGCAUGGUAUAAAUGUACAUCCAGGGAGUUCCCUGGUGGUUCAGUGGUUAGGACUCCAUGCUGUCACUGCCGAGGGCCCAGGUUCAAUCCCUGGUUGGGGAAUUAAGAUCCCACAAAAAGCACAACAUGGCCAUUAAAUAAAUAAAUGUAUAUCCAUGAUCCCCAGGAUCAAUAUUGACAAGGUGA